AUGAGCAUCGAAAAAGUUAAUAGUCAAUUGCUGUCAGAUAAUCUUUCCUUUUCUCUAAAAUGCCCCUGGUGUCUAAAAAUUAUUACCGCUCAAAAUUUUUCAGAAGAGCAUUUAGCGGUAACUUAUCUCCAAAACUAUUUUACUAGUCAAGAAGAACAAUAUAAAGAAAAGUUAUUAGUUGAAAUGCAAGAAAUUAUUGAAAAUUCUCCCUUAGUCAUCCAAUUACGAGAAGAAAAUAAUCUUUUGAAAUCUUUUGUCGAAGGCUAUAAGUUAGGCAAAGAGUUUGUGAAACCGGUCCAAAAAGGACAAGAAUUUGAAGAGUAUGUCCAGGAAAAAAUUCAAGAAAUUUUUAGUGGUAGUGACAUCAUUGAAAACAUUACUCAUGUUCGCACUUCGGCCGGAACUCGGGCUGAUAUUUUACAAACUGUCCGGGGAGGAAAUGAACUAGAAAAAGUUAUUGGAAAAAUAGUUUAUGAAACUAAAAAUACGGAAAAAUGGGAAAAUAAUUGA